AUUGCCGAGUGCGGUUCGUUUUUUCUGUCGUUGGUGUUUCUGUUGGUGUUGGUGUUAUCAUCUAGCGGUGCCGCUGCACUUACUUAGCGGUACAUCAGAAGCUUAUCAAAACUGCACGCGAAACUGAAAGUGUACGAAAUCGAAUUUUUGGGCAAAAAGUACUACGAGUAUUACGGAAUCAAAACUGUGACUAAAAGGGCAUAUAUCGAAAAAAUCACUGCACCUGUUUCCUGUACAUCUGUUCGACAGUUUGUCGCUCCCUUCUCAAGUGUCGGCUCCCCUAACGCGUACUCGUACCCCAUGCGGCACGUACGCACCUUUGGCUAUGGCUACGCAUAAAAAUGCGGCGUGUAUGUAAAACAAAGUGAAGUGCGCGCUGAUAACUUAAUGCAAACCGAAGGGCCAUAAAAAAGCAACAUAAAGUUAGUGGAGACGGACGGCCUUGUGCUUUGUGGACUUGUUCUUCUGCGUUUUUCUUCGUGAUCAUCCAUCAAAGUCAGAAAUCUUGGGAUUACACACCAUACCAUACCAUACCAUACCACUAUUUGGAUAUAAAACUCUCUCUCAACCGCUCUCAAGAUGCUAAAACACGUACAAAUCUCACCGUUGCGCAAUCGCUCCGAUUCCGUGUCGCUGCGUUCCUCGAGCAUUGCCUCCUCCUGCGCCAGCUCCAUGUGCGGCAGUCCAGAGCCACCCACAGAUAUGCAGCGCACACCAUCGCGCGCCUCCAGCUAUUCCAGCCUCAAUGAGCAGCUGCCACAGACCACCAUCAAAGUGUACACCAACUGCCUGAAGAUUGACAUUGAGUACAAGACGCUGGGCAUACAGUGGGACACCACCAGCAAGGAGGUUAUAGCCAUGCUGCUGAGACGCCUCAAGAUGCGCCAUCGGGAUCCGCGCUUGUUCUAUCUCUCGAUGGAGGUUGCCGUGCGUCGGGCGGGUGUGAAGACCAUUCUGGUGCUGGACGAUGACACACGUCCGGCUAUCAUGCAGGCCUGCCAUCCCAAAGGCGAGUCCCGCUUCUGCCUGCAGCUGAAGGCCGGCGGACUGAUCCGUGUCCACACAUCGGCACUGCAGCCCAGCUCCCAGUACAAGUCGCUCGUGAUCAGCGAGGAGACAAACUGCGACGAGCUGCUGCAGCUGCUACUCGGCUGCUACAGCUCCCUGGAGCCCGUCGAGCAGUUCUCGCUGUACGAGGUGUGCCCCGGGCAGGAGUGCCAGCGGAAGCUGCAUCCGGACGAUAUGCCGCUGCGCGUGCAGGCGGAGCGCAUGAAGCGGGGCGAGAACUGUCACUUUUUGGUGCGUCGCACGCCCAACUAUGCACGGCGCCGCCAGCUGCUGGCCAACCUGAACGAGGCCAUCAACCAGAGCUUCGAGAACGAAGUGGCAGCUCUGGCCACCGGCUCGGCUGUGGAGGAUGCGACCAGUCUGCUGGAGCUGUCGCUCGAGUCGGAGCUGUCGCUUUCGGAGGAUCUGCGCAGCUGCAGCAGCAGCAGCGAGGACGCCGAGGACGAUGCCGAUGAGUGCGCCAGCAGUUCCGGCUCCUCGGACAACUCCACAGAAUGCGCGCUGCGUCGCGACUUUUAUCCCCGUCCCACAUCCAUGGCCUCGCCCACGCCAGCAUCCACAGCAGUCGCUUCGGUGUCUCCGGCUCGAGCUUACAGUCCGGUGUACAACAUCCGUGAGAUACGCACAGCAUCGCACUCGUUCUCCUCUCUGGGCAAGGACAAGAAGCUGCUGGACAUUCACAUGAAUGCGCGCUACGGGCCAGCCGGCAUCUAUAGCCGACUGCUGCCCGUCGUGGAGUCGGAGGUGCUGGACCUCAAUGGCAAUGCCACCUCCAAGCUGACGGCGGAGGCUGUCAACAACAAUCCAGCCAAGGGCUUGGGCCACUUUGUCUAUCUGUAGCGCAUGGAUUAGUCAACCAACCUGUAAAUAGAGCUAUAAAUCAACUAGAAAUAUAAGUACGAGGACAAGGAUUAAGGCACCAUGACGAUGAAGCCUCCAAAAAAGUAGAAAACAAAACGUAAGCCGUUUGGACCAAAGAUGCAUUUGUAGAAUUAACAUUUAGAAUGGCAAGUGUAAAUAUAUUAACUAUAGUUUGAGAUCCAACUAGUGCUUAUACUAAGAACUAAGAACUACUCGCUCUCUCUCUUAGUAUAAUGCUAACAAUCCCAAAACAAUCAAAGGAGUCUAUAGAGCUUAGUGCUUUAGUCCCGCAACUAAAGCUUCGAUAAGUCGAUAAGAAUCUGAGGAGCAACCAAAAGAUAUUGUAAUAAUAAGUCAACAUAAAACAUACUAUGUAAAAAC